UAGUCCGGAUUAUUAUGUAAGAGGUUUCUAUUGGGCAAGUCAUUUUAUCUACCGGGAUCAGUUGAUGCAAACGACAGGCAGAUAGAUCAGUGGAAUGUAAAGCCACCCCCACUCUUCCUCACGUAUGGGGGGGAUUAGGACAGCCUAUAGCGGGACCCAAAAUUGGCCAAGUGUUGCCAAUCCCCUUUUUGAUUCUGGGAUUACAGAUGUAGGUGAACACCAUAGCAGCCUUCCAAGAGACAUCGCCAAUAGCGUCGGAUAUAGACCCUAUGUCAGGGAGGAUGAGAACUACCUUAGGGAAUUAGAGACAAGGCAACAGACUCGCCAUUAUGGUAUUCAGAAUCCUAAUUCUGUGAUGAGUAAUUAUCUAUCUGUGCAUGAUCCUGCUAAUAGCCACCACAUGGGGCCAAGUUAUCCAGCCCUUGCUUUAGCAUCUGAGCCUUAUGUGAUGAAUACACCAGCCAUGCAGCGAUAUGCACCUCGCCUAGACGAAUUAAACCAUGCAAGGAUGGAUCCUUUGGGGUCUGAACAUGCUAUAGUUGGUAAAAACGGUGCUUUUGAACGUAGUGCCCUCCCACCUGGAUAUGGGAGUAGGAUGCCAGGUUUUGCAGCUGGUUCUCACCAUAUGUAUUCACGCCAGAAUUCAGCAGACCGAUUCAAUGGGUAGUUUGAAUGUCCAUUUUUUUGUUCUCCUCUUCUACUUUUGCAUAAAAUUGCUGUAUGCCUUAAUCUGCAGAAAUCAUAGGGUUUUUUUUUUUUUUUUUUGGUGUAUGCUGUAUGCUAAAUCUUCGGUCUCUAUUUCCUUCCUAAAGAACAUUUAGGUUUUUUCAUUUUUUGGUGAUCUGUAUAUGCAAGACCUUGGAGUGGGUAGAUACGUUGUACCACCUACAAGUAUAUGAUAAAUCAGAGUCCACUAUUUGAAGAAUGAGGCUUUCACUCCUCAUUAUUCA